AGCUCACCAUCUGGCAUUUCACAGUGGAGGCAUGCUACCGCCGCGGCCUCAUCCCCCCCGCCACCGCCUUCACCCUCCUGCCGCUCCUCUCCUCAGGCCUCCCCCUCCUCCGCCUCUGCUCUCAAUCCUCCACCUCGCCAUCCGCCGCUGCUGCUGGCACUGGUGGUGCCUCUGGCCCCCUUGCUGCCUCCUCGGCCUCUGCAGCCCAGUCCCCCAUGGGGGGAUCGGCUGCCUGGUCUCACUUCACUGCCAACGGCCCUCUCUCGCUCCCGCUCUUUGCCUCGCUAUCCGCACACCCAGCCACGAGUCAGGAGGAGCUGCUGCUGGCGUUUCACCUGGCAGCGUCGGAGUCCCCCUGGGCGCCCGCUGCGGCGUCUGUGCUCUGCGGUGCCACUCUGCGCCUCAGCUGGCACCUCCAGGGGCUAGCAGCAUCCCUAGUGACGCACCUCCUCUCCUCUCUCUCACGCUCAGCCAUCGUAGCUGCGUCACAGGUCUACCCCUCUACUACACCCGCCGCCCUGCCUCCGUUCUUCUCCGACUCCCCUCGCCUCUCCUCCCCGCCUCCCCCUGCUGCCCACGCGCCUUCCGCAGCAUCAGCCGCCUCAGCAGGAGGAGGGGGGGGAGGAGCAGCAGCAGCAGGAGGGGCAGGGGGGGCUGCAGCAGGGGGAGGAGAAGCAGCAGCAGCGGCGCCGGCGGCGGCAGCAGUGGUAGCAGCAGCAUCAGGCAUAGCCAUGUCGUCUCUGGAUCGACUGCUGGCAGGGCUGCUGGGCCGAUCCGCCACGCAUGUGCUCCGACUGCAUGGCCAGCUGCCCCGGGUAGCAGCAGCGCUGCUGCCUCUCACAGAGGCCUUUGGCCGCCUGCCCAUCCAAUCUGCGGACCGCGACCCAACAACACCAGCAGCAGGUGGAGCAGCAGCUGCAGCAGCACCUGCACACACACCCACUGCCCUUCUGCCAGGCAGCCACAACAUUUUUUCCCGGGCAGCUGUGCUACUCUUGCUGGUGCAGGAGUCUCUCGAACCGCUUUCGAGAAUGCCACACUCCCGUUUCUCCUCCUUCACUCCGCCUUCAACCCAUCCCUCCUCCCAUCCCUCGGCUCUCUCCUCGUUAUAUGCACCUGCUUGCGGAUCCAGAGCGUAUGGGGGGGGUGCUUUGAAUCAACCGUUCUUGGGUGCAUGCCAUGUGUCUCUCGAGCUGUUGCUGUGUAUGGCUAACAGGGAGGCAGCUUCCGUUAAUGAUGGUGCUGCUGCUCCUGCUGCUGCUGGUUCUGGUCAUGGUGGUGGUGGUGGUGAUGGUGGUGGCGUAGGGUUGCUGAGCAAUGGUGCAGCGGCAGCAGAAGCAUCUGCAGCACCAGCAGCAGCGCCUAUUAUACCUCUAGUAAUUCCUGCCUCUCUCCCGCACGCCCUUUCUCUCCUCACCCUGGACAACCCAACUCACCCUAACACAUUCCCAACCGCCACCGCCACCACCACCCCUCCCAACCCCAUCUCUACCCCCACUACCGCCACCACUCACACACCACAAGACACUACACAACCACCAGCACCCGUGCCGUCUUCCCAAGUGCCCGACAAUGCGUGCAGUGCUCAUGACUUAUGGGAGGUGCUGCGACGGGUGGUGCCGGGGGCCAUGGGCAUAGCACACACCACCCAGGGGGGUGCCGCAGGAGAGGGAGCAGCAGCAGCAGGAGGAGGCGGUGAUGGCGCUGCUGGUGGGGCUGCUGCUGCUGGUGGGGCUGGGGAGGGGGGUGCGAUGGGAGGGCUGACAGGGUGGGUGGUGGUGCGGGCUGCACCGGCUGCAGUGGAGGCAAUUCUACAGGCUGUGGUUGCGGGGAAGCUCGCCCCCAAAACCGCCACCAGUGGUGAGCCUGCCUGCCAGUUUGGUGAAUGGAUGGAAAGACAUGCUGUGAGAGGGUACUCGUGCAGUCACACACAUGGCCUGCUAGCCUCCUCCUCACGCUCUCUCUCUCUCUCUCUCUCUCUCUCUCUCUCUCUCUCUCUCUCUCUCUCUCUCUCUCUCUCUCUCUCCAUCUCCACUUUCUCCCUCCCCUCUUUUCCCCCCAUCUCCUCCCGUUUCUCUCCCCCCUCUCCCUUCUUAUCCCCCUCUCUCCCCCCCCUCUUCCCUUCUUCCCCCUCCCCUCUUCUUCCCCCUCCCCCCCUCCCGCUCUCGCUUCUCCUUUCUUCUUUCUCCCCCGCAGCUCUAUCUAACCUAGUGGCUCUGGCGCCCCCAGCAGCAGCAGCCGUGGCGUGCUGUCUCUCCUCCUCCCUCACCUCGGCACACAUCACCAUCCCCCUCUCCUCCCACCCCGACUGGCCGCAAGCCGCCAUUCCUGCCUCCUCCCUCCGCACCGCUCUCAACCACUUGAGGAUCGGGUUGCUUGAUAUGGGACUCUACACGCCGCCCAUGACAGUUGUCCUCUACUCCCUCUUCCGCCCUCUCUUCCGCCCUUUCCUCUUCCGCCUCCCACUCUGCCUUACCCCCUGGGAGCCCCUCUCCCCUCUACCACCUGCUCCUGCUGCUCCUCCUGCGCUCCUCCUUCCGAGCCUCUCCUUCCAUGGGAGCUUCACGGCAGCACUGGCAGCGGCGGCGGCAGCAGCAGCAGCAGCAGCAGCAGCGGGGUGGGUUGCCUGGCAGCGAAACUGCCUCUCAGGGCAGCCGAGAGGUGAGCCUGGCAGCAGCGGCGGCGCAGCAGCAGCGGUGCACACACUGCCAGCGCAUCGCAACGGCAGUGUGGGUGAUCUGGACGGGUCCUGCUCGCUGCUCGGCCUGCCUCCCAUCCCACAAGUCCGCGACGCAGCCCUGCCAGGAGCCGCAGGGGGAAAGGCCGAUCAAGGACUGGACCCCACAGAUCCCUCCGCAGCAGCUGCAGGAACAGCAGGAGGAGGCGCAGGAGGAGGGGGGGGAGGAGUGGCAGGUGGUGGUUCAAUUGGUAACCCUUCUGGUGCAGACCCAGGCAGUUUUGCUGCAGGAGGGGGGCUGACUGCAGCAGGUGUGUGGCUGAGUCUCCCUGCUGUGCUGGCAGGGCGGGAGGCGCUGCUGUGUGAUGCUGUGCUUGCAGCUGUCGUUACUCAAGCUGCUGCUAUGGUGGUGGGGCGGGGGGAGGGAGGGUCCACUGCUUGGAUUGCAGGCGGGCUAAUGAGGGGGCAAGGGGAGGGAGCGGUGGACGGAGGAGGUGCAGGGGGGCCAGCGGCAGGAGGGGCUGCUGCUGCUGCUGCCGCUGCUGCUGCUGCGGCGGCGGCGGCAAUGGCAAUGGGAGUGGGUGGGGGUGUGCUGGCCGGAGUAGCAUCCACCCCCGUACCAUCCUCCCUGCCUCCUCUCCUGUCCUCCUCGCCUCUCUGGUUCACACCAUCCGCUGCUGCUGCUCUCUCCUCUUCAACCACUUGCUUUGCCCUCGCCUCUCUCGCUUUCAAAUGCCUGCUCCUCGCCUCAAGCAACCCUUCUGCUGCCACUGCAAACCGCUCUACCACACUCCCUACCACCACUGCCAACUCCCCUUCUUUGCACCCACAAACCAGUGCGAGCACGAAACUCCAGGAGCUCUUCUCGUCGCAUUGGGCAGCACUCGCUGUCCCACGCUCCCAGCCAAGAUAUCCCGGAAAGCUACCAGUGCUGAGCUACAUGCAACACACGCACUGGCAGCAGCAGUGGCAUCUGUAUACCGUCUCGUUUGUCUCUCUCGCGCUGCGCUGGGCUCCGGCAUGGGUGCAGCAGCUGGGGGAGGAGGCGCUAGGCAGCAUGGCAGCAUGCUUGGCGGCAGGUGGGGAGGUGGAGUUGGCUGGUAGAGUGACCCGCGUGGGGCGCAGGGCACGCCCGGGACUGGCUUUAGAGGUUGCGCUCUGUGGGCCGUGGGUGCAGCAGCUAGGGGAGGAGGCGUUGGGCAGCAUGGCAGCAUGCUUGGCAGCAGGUGGGGAGGUGGAGUUGGAUGGUAGGCUAGGGGAGGAGGCGUUGGGCAGCAUGGCAGCAUGCUUGGCAGCAGGUGGGGAGGUGGAGUUGGAUGGUAGGGUCACCCGCGUGGGGCGCAGGGCACGCCUGGGACUGGCUUUAGAGGUUGCGCUCUGUGGGUAG